AUGGUUUGCUCGUUUGGCAUUACAGCAAACAUACUCAACAUAAUCGUGCUGACGAGAAAGAAUAUGAAAUCAGCCACUAACUCGAUCCUCACCGGGCUAGCCGUCUUCGACGAGCUGACCAUGCUAGCUUACUUUCCGUUCGCGCUUCUACAGAACGAUUGUAGUAACGACCUCGUAAAUAGCAGUAGUAGUGGUAGCGGCUUCAGUAGCCUGAGUAGUAGUGAAAUAUGGUGUGUAGACAUAGCCACCGAAUAUACAACCAUGUCUACGCUAAACUUUUGGUCUCAGUCCCUCCUAUUCAAAUUGAUACCAUGUUGUCUACUGACUAUUCUCAGCAUAUGUCUGAUAAAAACGAUGCGUGAAGCAGACGAGAAGAGGAUUAGGCUAUUAGGCAGAAGAGAGGGGUCCAAUAUGGCGGAAAAAAACAAAAUUAGCUUGUUAGGCAAAAGUGGGAGGUCGAAUAUGGCCGGCGAAAACCGUAGCAGUAGUAGUAUUGGUGGUGGUAAUAGUAAGAUGGCCGCCAUUGUUAGUGAGGGGUCCAACAUGGCGGGCAAAAACAAAAUGGCAAUCGGGUUUGAGGUAGUGGAAAAUUUCAACACGGCUGGUGGUGGGUGCAUGAUGGUUGGAAGGUCGGGUUCCGGUAUGGUGGAAAGUUUAAAGGAUGAAGAGGCCAACAGCAAAAAAAACAUGAGCACCAACAACACAGCAACAAAACGCAACACAAAUCGCACAACGAAAAUGUUGGUUGCCGUCGUUGUUUUGUUCCUGAUAACUGAGUUCCCGCAGGGCGUUCUCAUGCUUUUUAGUGGAUUUUCGGAAACCUUUAAAGAUGAGGUUUAUCUUCCUCUCGGCGAUUUCAUAGAUAUCAUAGCUCUGAUCAACAAUGCCAUCAACUUCAUCCUCUAUUGCACCAUGAGCAAGCAAUUUAGAGACACGUUCAUGAGUGCAACAAGUUCACAAGCACCCAGUCGGAUGGAGAAAGGACAAAAAUCAAAUUUGACCCAGAAACGUGUGGGGUCAAGCUCUUCACGCGUCGAAGAACCUUCACUUACGUUAAACUCGGAUAACGCCCUAAAGCCCGUAAAAAUAGUGCCGAAAGUUUACGAUCCGAAGCGAGCCGUAACUCUUGACUAUCGGGCAGAUAAAAAGGACCACUGCUGCGAGUUCUACAUACACAAUACAGAACCGACGGUGAUCAAAUACGAGAUAUCGAGGGACCUUGAGGAGUGCUUGCAUUGCCGACCAACGAAGGGCAUCAUCAAAAGUUCAGAGAUCGCGGUCAUUGUGGCCGCCCUCAGAUCAAAAUGGAUUCAGAAACAGGAUUGGUCAGUAUUUGACACUAACGGCUACCUUGGUAAGAUGAUCGUGAAUCUUAAAAUACCAAUAAGCUCUCCGGAUUUGGAAAUUUUCCAAAACGGAAUGACGAGAGUUAAGGUAGAGAAACAUAACCUGAUAAUCCUACUCUCUCAAAAAAGCGUCGACGUACUAACCAAAAUCGAGGAACCGUCAGCAGAGUCAUACAACAAACAAAAGGCUCUGGAAUACGUGAAACAGUUGCAAUUAAAAGAAAAAGCCACCAAAGCAUUAACAUACCUACGCCUGUCGAUUUUGAUUGAAUACCCAAAAUGGGUGGCAGCGGCUGUGGUCGGCUUCUUGGCUUUAUAUUUCGACUUGUGCUUCGACAAAAAUUAAGCAUGAUUGCUCCAGUUAGUUCGCAGUCAGCUGUGAAAAAUCGACGAUUCUAAAAUGUUGCCUCAAAUUUCUCGAUUAAUUAGUGUUAAUUAAUUAAUUAAUUAACUAAUUAAAUAGUAUUAGUCGAAAAUUGUCCAUUUUAAUUCGUUUAAACGAUAGCUUCAUUUCUCUUUGUCUCCGUUUAAUAAUAUUCACCCAACUUUACUAAUAAAAAAAAUUUAAGAAAAAU